ACUCGUGCGGCUGACAGAGGCACCUCCAUCUGAAACAUUAGAGCUCCAUUGUUCCGGGCACGGCGGUGUGACAGCCCGCGGGCUCGGCUCAUGGCCUCUUUCGUGGCUCGGCGGCGACACGCACCUGAACUUUGUGUGUUUUUCAUGGACGCGCUCCGAGCGGCGGCGGCGGCAGCGGCCGGUUUGUUUUCCUUUCGUCUUUAUCUGAAGCCGCUCCAGUCUACUGUGUGACACCCCCCGCCCCCCCCCCUCCCCUCGCUGCUUCGUCUGGCUGCCUCCUGCUCUCUCAGUCCCGUUCAGAACAGCAUGGUCAUGGCUGACGGGGUCCAGAAACCGCUUAUCCGGGGUCCGGUUCGAGUGGGCUUCUACGACAUCGAGCGCACUUUAGGGAAGGGGAACUUCGCCGUGGUGAAGCUGGCCCGACACCGGAUAACCAAGACCGAGGUGGCCAUUAAGAUCAUUGACAAAACCCAGCUGGAUGCUGUCAACCUGGAAAAGAUCUACAGGGAAGUUCAGAUCAUGAAGAUGCUGGAUCACCCACACAUCAUCAAGCUGUAUCAGGUGAUGGAGACAAAGAACAUGCUGUAUUUGGUGACUGAAUAUGCUAAGAAUGGGGAGAUUUUUGACUACUUGGCAAAGCAUGGACGUCUAAGUGAGCUGGAAGCCAGAAGGAAGUUCUGGCAGAUCCUGUCAGCGGUGGAGUAUUGUCACAAUCGUAACAUUGUUCACAGAGACCUGAAGGCAGAGAAUCUGUUGCUGGAUGGCCAUAUGAACAUCAAAUAGCAGGAUUUUGGAUUUGGCAACUUCUUCCAGCCAGGGGAGCCUCUGGCCACAUGGGGUGGCAGCCCGCCGUAUGCAGCUCCUGAGGUUUUUGAAGGCCAGCAGUAGGAGGGCCCACAGCUGGACAUAUGGAGUAUGGGAGUGGUUCUGUACGUGCUGGUGUGUGGAGCGUUGCCCUUCGAUGGGCCGACCCUGCCAGUGCUCCGACAGAGAGUACUAGAAGGAAGGUUCCGCAUUCCCUACUUUAUGACUGAAGACUGUGAGCACCUGAUCCGCAGAAUGUUGGUUCUGGACCCGUCCAAGCGCCUCUCUGUAGCCCAGAUCAAGGAGCACAAGUGGAUGGCUCUCGACGUUCCGGUGCAGAGGCCUCUUCUGUCACAUUCAACAUCUGCGUGAGGUGAGGGAGGCGUGGGCCAGUACAGUGAGCAGGUCCUUCGACUGAUGCACAGCCUUGGCAUCGACCAGCGCAAGACUGUAGAGUCUCUGCAGAACAAAAGCUACAACCACUUUGCUGCUAUCUACUACCUGCUGGUGGAGAGGCUCAAAGCCCAUCGCUGCAGUUUCCCCCUGGAACAGCGGCUCGACGCCCGUCAGCGGCGGCCCAGCACCAUCGCAGAGCAGACUGUCGUCAAGUCGACCAGCUGUUCAGCCCAGGUGGGUUUGCUCCCCCAGGGUGUGCGUCUGUUGCGCUCCCCCGCUGUACCCAAAGCCUCCUCUGAUGCUUUCACCUUCUCCCAGUCUGCAUGUCCCCUGGAGGAGAAUUUCAUGGUGGAGGAUGUCAACACGCCCAAAGUGAAUGGCUGUCUACUGGAUCCCCUGCCUCCCCCCACUGUCCUCCGCAAGUCCUCCACCUCGUCGCCUAGCAACAUGAUGGAGAUGUCAAUCGGGGGCAUUGAGACAGAAGAGCCUGAAGCAGAGGAUGAAUGCACCCAACCUGACUCUGCCUAUCAGACGGCUCGUUUCGGCCAGCGGCGACACACCCUCUCUGAGGUCACCAACCAACCAGGUCUUCCAACCCAGUCCUUGAUCCCCCUCCCCCCAGGUAAAUUAUUUACUCUCGGCCAUAACCCCUCCACGGGCAGUGUGGACUCGGACACCAGCUAUGACAUGGCCAUGCACAGUGACCUGAGUUUGCUGGAGGAUCCUCCGUCUCUCAUUGAAAUAGUUCCAGCCAACACCUCAACCCCUGGUGUAACCCCUCCUCCAUUCCUGAACACACGUCCCGCCAACCCAGCAAUGGCUGCCUUGACAUCACAGCAUAGGGAGACGCACAACCGCUCCCCCGUCAGCUUCCGAGAAGGACGCCGUGCCUCAGACACCUCACUCACCCAAGGCCUGGUUGCAUUCCGGCAGCAUCUUCAAAACUUGGCCAGGACCAAAGGCAUCCUGGAGCUGAAUAAAGUGCAGAUGCUGGUGGAGCAGAUGGGGUCUGGAGAUGGUGCUCCGGCCAACCCUCUGGGACCACAACACCACUUGCACAACCUGCUAGAGGGCGAGACGUCCAAGCAGCAGGAGAGCCUAGCUUUAUACCAAAAUGUGCCCCAGCCACCACUCCUGUCCCGCAGACAGAGUUUGGAGACACAGUACCUUGCUCAUAGGCUACAGGCCAACGUCUUGGCUAACAGUCCCGCUAGCUGCCAGCUAUUCUGUAAGGAGACUCCUCGGAGUUUAGAGCAACAGCUGCAGGAACACAGGUUGAACCAGAAGAGGAUGUACCUGCAGCAGCAGUCACAGGGCAUGGGACUGCAGACCUACUUCAACCAGAUGCAGAUAGCGGAGGGAUCCUACCCAACAGGAGGCCCUGCUCUUGACCCAGCAGGUUGUCCAAUUGCCCCACAGGGUAACCUCAUGUCACCUGCCCUUCAGCCACUGCCCCAGCAACAGAACAGUCCCCAGGCCUCUCCUCCCUUCAGUCACCAACAUAGCUUGAGCCCUGUGAUGGAACCAGGGGAAGGUCUGAUUUACGACCCCUUUGUGAGCCAUCACCACUUCACCCAACACCUGUCCUCUGUAUCUCACCUACAGCACCAGCUCCACCAUUCUCAACCUCAUGAAACCUCCAGUACUCUUGGCUACAACUACCCAGCAGUCUGUGAACAGCAGACCCUGGGGCCUUCCACUGAAGCACUUCACCUCAAGCAGUACGAGUUCCCCCUGGACCCAGGUCUGAUGCCCUCACCUGUCCCAGGAGAGGCUGAGGCUGGAGCUUCUGCUGGGGUUUUGGCUGAACCGGGUCAGUCAAAAGGCUUGGUCCUCCCUGAGCUCCAGAGCUCCCUCCUGGACAGUGAGAUGAUGGAGACUGUGGACACCCAGCAUGGCUUCGUACUGGUCAACUGAAGCCCAGUGAGAGAGUUGAAGGAAGCAGUAUUAAGCAGUGAGACCUUGCACAGCAUUAGGAGCAGACAGAAUGGAGAUGUAAGUGGAGGCCACAAGCAAAGCAACAGGGAAGGAAGUGUUCUUUUCUUAUGAGUAUUACAAACUGCAUUAAUUAGUUAUGCUCAACCUCAGAAUACCUUUCUACCAAAAUCCUCCCUUUGCCUACCUCCCUUUCUCCCUGUUCUGUUCUUGUUCUUGUUCUCAUCAGCUCUCUGAGGCAGGAACAGGUCCAAUGUGGCACAAUGUGAGCAGAGGCUGAAUUGGCACAGCUGUUAUGAGCGUUGUGGCGUCCGUGAGGUGAUGAGCACUUCAGGACUACACUGUGCAGCCUGAAGGAUGCUGCUGGUGUGCAGCUUUUAUGUAGUAAUGGUUGGACAUGAACUAAUUUUAGACUGACUGCCUGGCAACCAAAAGCACAAUAAAUGGCCGUGCUUUUUGUAUUUCAAGUAGGACAACAAUCAACCACAACAGACUCAUUCUCAAAAGACUUUUAUGAUUUUUUUUAUUUUUUAUUAUUAUUCCAUAGAUGAAAAACAGCAGAACAAGAAAACGGCUCUCAUUUAUCAUGGUACGUCAAUAUUGCCGCAAAUUCGAGUAUUAUGCAUUGGCAAGAAAUGGGUGUGUUCCCAUUUUAGGUAACUAUUUUUGGAUGGUCUUUUUUUUUUUUCUUUUUUUUUUUUUUAAGGCCAAAGUUCCAACACUAAUAUACAGUUUUCACACUUCACUCCAAUCAAACAGAAUUUAAUGAAUAUCCAAAUGCACGUACAGUGAGUGUUGUGCCAUCUUUAUUACCUCCUCCAAGGAUGCUAUUUACUUUUAACAGGACUACUCCAAAAAAAAAAAAAAAAAGUUUUUACUAAUUUGUGUGACGUGGAAUUAAGUUUUGGGGGGUGGAGCUACUAAAUAGGGGUGGAGCCACAUAAUGUAAAGCCAGGGCAUGUUCAUACAACAAAGUUUCAUGAAAGCUGGACAAUAUUAGGUUCUUUUUAAGUAUUAAUACAUUUGAAAUCAUAUAAGGAGAAAGACCAUAAUAAUAAUAAUUAUUAUUGUUGUUAUUGUAUUAUUAUUGUGAUUAUGAAAACCUGCCUUGCGCAACCCAGCAUUUUGACAGGUUGUCAUAAAACCUGAAUCUUGCUGGACUACCAAAACAAAUGAUACUGCCCAAAAAUGGCAGGUGUUUUCUUCUAUUUAUUAUUAUUUCCAAAUUGGGUGUUUGCACCUUGACGGGGUUUUUGCCCUCUGAGAGUUGUCCUUGUAGUUGAACGUGUGCCACAUUUGCUCUUCUGUCAUUGAAAAAAAUUGCUACAUAAUAAACUCUCCACGAGGAAACUAUUAACUUCAUUGGGAAAAAUAAUAAUAAUAUAGCAGCGGCAGUUUUGUUGUUGGUUUUGUUUUUAAUAACUUGCAACUACUGAAUCCUGAUUUAUUCCUGACACUACUGAACUUCUUUUACACGUUUCUACUUGCAUACACUCUUAACUUGGGUUCGUUAUCCGAGAAUAAUUGGCCUUUUUUUUUUUUUUUUGAUGGAAAACAGCUGUGUUUAUUUAACAGUUGAAUUGUGGGAUACGCCUGAUAAAUGAGGGCUUGUGUCAUUAAUGUAUGUCUGGUAAAUACAUUGCUCUGUUCAACAGUUGAUAUUCUAUUUUUUGUGGCAAUAUUGAAGCAAUAUUAAUCCUUAAUAUUGAGGGAUUAUGAAAGAAGCCUCACCCAUGUCACCAACUGUGAUUGGUUCCUGGGACCUGUGAAGUUGUUGUUGAUGACAUCACUGGAGCUGAUGAUGUAACUAGGAGAGCUCACAACCAUGAAUAUUUGCAGGUGCACAAGAAUCUUUUUUUAAACAACUCACAUUGUGAAUUGUGCAUCAUACCUAUAACAGAACUGCCAACUUCUAUGCAUUUUGCGUUUCUGGCAUACAUUUGACACUCCCGCUACACCGUCAAAACAAACUAGGCCAAAGGUUUUCUAAGAGGGAAGCUAACAGAAGUAAAGCAGAGGUGCUUUCUGUUUAACCAACAUUCUGCCUGGUCAGGAAAAAUUCCUGUCAAAAGAAUUGAAGUUUAACUCAGUUACUGAAGUUUAUCUUCCUCGAUUACAAAGGAGGAACACGUCUUUCUCGUGCUCUUUUGGCUACGGUUGACUGUGAAGACUGUCACAAAUAAGAACCCAUCACACACCUCAGCUCAAAGCUGAGUCAUCUCUGUUCAUGUUCUGGUCUGGUCUUGUCUGUACAGAAGGCAAGAGUGAAUGAUACAUAAAUGUUGGUCCGUAUUUCUGCUCACUCCCAACUUACAAAGUUUCUGGGCAAUUCCAUAUUCACAGAAUUAGAAAAACUGCUAUAUUUUAGCUCAGUAUUAACAUUUUAAAAAAUUUAAAAGCUUUGGGGCUGCACUCGUUUGAAGAGCACACCUUAUGCUGUGGUGGGAUGAGAUGAGGUAGAAAGGCCAGUUCCUCUCCAUACCACCUUUUACCUUCCCACUGAAAUCAGGCAGGAGCUGAUUUUGCUACUGGAUGAGCACGAAGAGUCAUUAGGUGCCGAUCCCCUCCGGGACUUGAACUAGUGUUGUUCUGCACGAAAAGCGGUGCUCUAGGACACUGUACCAGCAUUUUAUGUUGUGAUGGAGUAACUUUAUAUGAAGUCAUACUGAAUUUAGUACAAGUAAACUUGAAAAUAUGGGUUUCCAUCAGGAUGGACAUCUGAAAACCUGUGCCAGAUCAGCCAACUUUGAUCCCUGCUGUGCAACCC